CUGGCACCUCCCUUCUCAGCCUCAACAAAGACUCUUUCAAGCCAUCCUUGGAACGAGUAUCCUGGUUCCCGACACAUUUUCCCCAUUCCACAUCUUGAAAAAAAACAUUUGAUUCUCAUUCUAUCAUCUUGACGGCACGCCUGCGCCGCGUUUUCGACACCCUACGGCGACGCGACUCGAACGUAAUCGCGUCAGACUCGUCAUCGCAACGUCGCUGCAAAGAACAGCUUCUGCAAUAGCUUCCGCAUCAACCAUCUAACUACCGGUAAAUCUCGGUCAACAUGUCUCACGAGGAAGAUCUCAUUGAUUACUCCGAUGAGGAGAUCGGUGGUAACGAAACCACUGCUACCACCUCCAACGGCAAGAAGGGCGAGCUUGCUGCCGGCAACAAUGUCGACAAGAAGGGCAGCUACGUCGGCAUUCAUUCCACCGGUUUCCGCGAUUUUCUUUUGAAGGCUGAGUUAAUUCGCGCCAUCGGCGACUGCGGUUUCGAACAUCCAUCGGAGGGUCAGUCUUGAUAUUUUAAUACCCUAAGUCAUCAUAUCCCCUCCCUUCAAGCGUUCGUCCAUCUCGCAAGCAAGAACAAAUGGCCACUUUUUUUUCGCAAUCGUCAUUUUCGUCAUCGUUGGGGCGGUCAAGGCUGGAUCUGAGAGACGGUCCGUAUCCGGGCGGAACAAGACCACGGGUGAGAGACGUGGUUCUCCGCAAAACCACAGCACUGUUGUCACAAUUAUCACGCGUAAGCGGAUAAUAUGUCAAUCGUUGUCGCGAACGGAUUCUUCUGGUAUAUACGAGGGCAAAACAAGGAAAACGCGAGACACCAAGAAAUUUCUUGGUGCCCCUAGGCUAUGGUUGCUUGUGCAACCAUUCGGCCUCUGAGCCCUAACCUCGCGUCGAUAUCAAACUAUUCCAAAUCUAUACCAAUGGAAAAUGCGAGAAUACAAUGGCUAAGCUGCGACGAUGGACGGACACUUGAGAUUACACCCGUCGUUCGUUGCUUCUUAGAAACCCACUCUAACAUCGGUUCGGUCGACAGUUCAACAAACCUGUAUCCCCCAGGCACUCCUCGGUGGUGAUAUCAUCUGCCAGGCCAAGUCUGGUCUAGGAAAGACAGCUGUCUUCGUUCUCGCUACCCUUCAGCAGGUCGAGCCUGUGAACGGAGAGGUCUCCGUCGUUGUUAUGUGCCACACCCGAGAGCUGGCUUACCAGAUCCGUGACGAGUACAACCGUUUCAGCAAGUACAUGCCCGAUAUCAAGACCGGUGUGUUCUAUGGUGGAACUCCCAUCAAGACCGACAUGGAGACACUCAAGAAUAAGGACACUUGCCCUCACAUCAUCGUGGGUACUCCUGGACGUCUUAAGGCCCUCGUUCGUGACAAGGCUCUACGUCUGGGCAGUGUUCGCAUCUUCGUGCUUGAUGAGUGUGACAAGAUGCUUGAUCAGCCUGAUAUGCGUACGGAUGUGCAAGAUGUUUUCCGUGCUACGCCUCCUCAGAAGCAGGUUAUGAUGUUCUCGGCCACCUUGUCCGAGGAGGUAAAACCUAUUUGCCGAAAGUUCAUGCAGAACCCGACCGAGCACUACGUCGACGAGGACACUAAGCUCACUCUUCAUGGUCUUCAGCAGUUCUAUAUCAAGCUGGAAGAAAAGGAGAAGAAUCGCAAGCUCAACGAGCUCUUGGAUGAACUCCAGUUCAACCAGGUCAUUAUUUUCGUCCGUAGCACUGUUCGUGCCACUGAGCUUGACAAGCUCCUCAGGGAGUGUAACUUUCCUUCUAUUGCCGUCCACUCUGGCGUCAGUCAGGAAGAACGUAUUCGUCGCUACAAGGAGUUCAAGGAGUUCAAGAAGAGAAUCUGCGUUGCUACCGAUGUCUUUGGACGAGGUAUUGAUAUUGAGCGUAUCAACCUCGCCAUCAACUACGACUUGUCCAACGAUGCCAGCUCCUACCUGCACCGUGUCGGUCGUGCUGGACGAUUCGGUACCAAGGGAUUGGCCAUCUCGUUCGUCAGCACCGACCAAGACCAAGAGGUGCUUAAGGAGAUCGAGAAGCGAUUCGAAGUCGCCCUUCCGUAUGUUGCUUCCCUUCUCUUCUCUUCAUUGUUCCAGUGACUAACAGUAUCCAGUGAAUUCCCCAAGGAGGGUGUCGAUGCCAGCACUUACAUGGCCUCUUAAAGGGCUGGAUGAGAUGGUGGUUCCCACUGCAACAAAUGGUGAACGCCUUGCGCCGCUGUAGGCCGUUGGUGAGAAGCUAGGAAAUUGAUGUUGAAAGACUGAGGCGGCGAAGGGCAAAAGUUGCAAACGAUUUCAUCUUGGUCAAUUGUAUUCGUUAAUUUUUUUCAAUGGAUUCGUAUUACGAUGCUCGUGUUUUAUAAGCAGCCUAGGCUGUUCCCUGAGCGAAAAGUGUGCCACUUGCCCACAUAUUGCGAACCCCGACGACCUGCAAAUUUAGCUACACUGUAGGUCUCGCGUAACUACCGUGCCU